AUGUCAUUAUCUGAUUCACUUACAAGUUUACAACAAUCCUUGCGAUCAAUAAACUCAAAUAAUUUUAACUCACCACGAAUGUUCACUAAUGCCAUGGUAAAUGCACCUGAAAUAACAACAUUAAUUAAAGAUCCAACUUAUGAUGAAAGUUCAUUAUAUACUAUCAACAAACCUAAAAAUUCCACAGGUAGAAGUAAAUUAGUUGAUAAUCUUGUUGAAAAAGCUUCUAUGGAUACUAAAUCAGAAAGAAUCGACGGAAGAAUAAUCUAUACUUUAGAACCAAUUGUUUCAGAUAAACCACAACAAAUUAAUCAAUUUAUUAACAAGAAUGGAGAAUAUAUACAACGAGAAGAUGAUGAUGAUGGUGAUGAAGAAGAUAGAAGGACUCCAAUUGUGAAAUUUCCAAAUUUGGAUUUAUCUAAUAGUACAUCAAGAUCAUUAAUUAAUUUAAAUAAUUCUGAAGAUUUAGGCCAAAUUUUUUAUCAAACAUCACAGGUAUUAUCAAAAUAUCCUAAUUUAAUUGAGGAUCAUCAUUCAUUAGUACGACAAUUGAAUAGAUUUGAACAUGAGUAUAGAAGUUUAGAAAAUGAGAUUCAAGAUUUACAUGAUGAAGUUAAAGAAAGAAAAAAAUAUUUAACUGAAAAACAUGUGGAUUAUGAUAAUAUUAGUUUUACUAAUAUGGAAAUAUCUUCUACAUCUAGUGACACAAAUCAAGAAGAUGAGUUAGAUAUCGAUGAAAUAAUACGACUUGAAAGAGAGGAAAUAGAACAACUCGAGAGUAAAUUAAAACAAGUUUACAAUAAAUAG